GCAUUAUCUCAAUGUUACUCAAUAUGAGUUUGUUUUAUUUGCGAUUUUGAGGGGUUAUGGGGUACUUAUAGGUGGGCUAUUUCUCUGUAUUGUGUUUCGGCUUGUUGCCUAGGUAGCUUUUCUUCAUCACUGUAUAUAUUUUUCUCCUUUAGUGAAGCUAUUUCCCCUCAAGAUGCGUUUCUCCGCAGCUCUUCCUCUGGCGCUCUUGCCGACAGCAUAUGCCCAGCUCAACACUCUUGCCAAGGCGAAGGGCAUGAAAUAUUUUGGCUCUGCCACAGAUAACGGCGAAUUGACGGACACGGCAUACGUCAAAAUCCUGAGCGAUUCGACCGAGUUUGGACAGAUCACUCCGGGGAAUUCACAGAAGUGGGAUUCUAUCGAGCCGAGCCAGGGCACAUUCUCCUAUACCAAGGGAGAUGCUAUCGUGUCCUUGGCUGAGACCAAUGGACAAUUGCUGAGGUGCCACAAUCUCUGCUGGCAUAGUCAGUUGCCAAGUUGGGUCACUUCUGGAACCUGGACGAACGCUACCUUGAUAGCAGCAUUGAAGAAUCACAUCACCAACGAAGUGACGCACUACAAGGGCAAAUGCUACGCCUGGGACGUCGUUAAUGAGGCCUUCAACGACGACGGCACCUACAGAACCGACGUCUUCUACAACACCAUCGGGCCCGAGUACAUCCCCAUCGCCUUCGAAGCCGCCGCCGCCGCCGACCCAACGGUGAAGCUCUACUACAACGACUACAACAUCGAGUCGUCCGGCGGCAAAGCCACCGCAGCGCUCAACCUCGUCAAGUCCCUCAAAGCUCGGGGCAUCAAGAUCGACGGCGUCGGUCUCCAAGCCCACUUCAUCGUCGGCAGCACACCCAGCCUCUCCGCCCAAGUCGCCAACCUCAAUACCUUCAUCGCCGCCGGCGUCGAGGUCGCCUACACAGAACUCGACAUCCGCUUCACCUCCCUCCCGGCCACCACCUCGGGGCUCGCGCAGCAGACUACCGAUUACUAUAACACCGUGGCCGCGUGCGUGCAGGUCGGCUGCGUCGGCAUCACGAUCUGGGAUUACACGGAUAAGUACUCGUGGAUCCCGUCGACGUUCUCGGGACAGGGCGAUGCGCUUCCGUGGGACAGCAAUUUGGUCAAGAAGGCGGGUGCGUACUAUGGUAUUGUGAGUGCGUUGGGAGGGACAGCGACGGCGACGACGACGGCGGUACCGACUACUUCGGCUACGACUGCGCCGGGAGGUAGUGGCACUCAGGUUCACUGGGGGCAGUGUGGGGGGAAUGGGUGGACGGGGCCAACGGCUUGUGUUAGUCCGUAUAAGUGCACUUAUUCGAAUGACUGGUAUUCGCAGUGUUUGUGA